UCCCUCUCAUAUUCUUCUCACCACUAAUUUCUCCCUCUCUUCCCCUUCUUCUUCUCCAUCUGGACCCUUCUGUUCUCUACUCUGAUUCUUCGGCUCGAAGGUUGUCAUUUCAGCUACUUGAUUUGCUAAAGAAAUGGCCACCGGAGUGUUGCCGGCUUCGUUUUCCGGCGUCAAGAUCCCGGAUUCAAAAUUGGGGUUUGCAAAAAGUUUGGAUUUUGUGAAGGUUUGUGAUCUGCGGAGGACAAGAUACGGUGGUCGGAGAAGAGUUUCUGUUGUCCGAUGUUCAAGCCAAGGCUCCGACAUUGCAGAGCUUCAACCUGCAUCAGAGGGAAGCCCUCUCUUAGUACCGAGACAGAAGUAUUGCGAGUCGUUGCAUAAGACCGUGAGAAGAAAAACUCGGACUGUAAUGGUUGGAAACGUGGCUCUUGGAAGUGAUCAUCCCAUUAGACUUCAGACGAUGACUACAUCCGACACAAAGGAUGUCUCGGGGACGGUUGAAGAGGUUAUGAGAAUUGCGGAUAAGGGAGCUGAUAUUGUUAGGAUAACUGUUCAAGGGAAGAAAGAAGCCGAUGCAUGCUUCGAGAUAAAAAAUAAACUUGUUCAGUUGAAUUACAAUAUACCUCUGGUGGCAGAUAUCCAUUUCGCCCCAUCAGUAGCCUUGCGAGUUGCUGAAUGCUUUGACAAAAUCCGAGUCAACCCGGGAAACUUUGCUGACAGGAGGGCUCAGUUUGAACAGAUAGAAUAUACGGAAGAAGAAUACCAGAAAGAACUCGAACACAUUGAGCAGGUUUUCACUCCAUUGGUUGAGAAAUGCAAGAAGUAUGGAAGAGCGAUGCGUAUUGGUACAAAUCAUGGAAGUCUUUCUGAUCGUAUCAUGAGCUAUUACGGGGAUUCUCCACGAGGAAUGGUGGAAUCAGCCUUUGAGUUUGCAAGGAUAUGCCGGAAGUUAGACUUUCAUAACUUUGUCUUCUCGAUGAAAGCGAGCAACCCGGUUGUCAUGGUCCAGGCAUACCGUCUGCUCGUGGCUGAAAUGUAUGUUCUUGGCUGGGAUUACCCUCUCCACUUGGGUGUGACCGAAGCAGGAGAAGGCGAAGAUGGACGGAUGAAAUCUGCUAUUGGAAUCGGGACUCUUCUUCAGGAUGGUCUAGGUGAUACGAUUAGGGUUUCGCUAACCGAGCCACCAGAAGAGGAGAUAGAUCCGUGCAGGCGGUUGGCCAACCUCGGGACAAGAGCAGCUGAACUUCAGCAAGGCGUGGCACCAUUUGAAGAAAAACACCGGCAUUACUUCGAUUUCCAGCGUCGGACUGGUCAACUACCCGUACAGAAAGAGGGAGAAGAGGUUGAUUACCGAGGUGUCCUUCACCGUGAUGGUUCCGUCCUAAUGUCGGUUACUCUAGAUCAGUUAAAGACACCGGAACUUCUCUACAGAUCACUCGCAGCAAAGCUUGUUGUUGGCAUGCCAUUCAAGGAUCUGGCAACAGUGGAUUCAAUCUUAUUGAGGGAGCUACCGUCUGUAGAUGAUAGCAAUGCUCGGUUGGCUCUUAAACGGUUGAUCGAUGUCAGUAUGGGGAUCAUAGCUCCAUUGACAGAGCAACUCACAAAGCCAUUGCCCAAUGCCAUGGUUCUUGUGAGCCUUAAGGAACUGUCUGGCAAUGCUUACAAGCUUCUCCCCGAAGGGACACGUUUGGUUGUCUCUUUACGCGGGGAUGAAGCAUAUGAAGAGCUGGAGAUUCUCAAGAAUGUUGAUGUUACUAUGAUCCUUCACGAAGUACCCUUCGAGGAAGAAAAAAUUAGCAGAGUACAUGCAGCUAGGAGGUUAUUCGAGUACCUAUCAGACAAUUCGCUGGACUUCCCCGUUAUCCACCACAUUCACUUCCCGAAAGGGUUUAACAGGGAUGAUUUGGUAAUUCGUGCAGGGACAUAUGCCGGAGGCCUUCUGGUCGAUGGUCUCGGGGACGGUGUCAUGCUGGAAGCCCCUGACCAAGAUUUCGACUUUCUCAGGAACACUUCCUUUAACUUGCUUCAAGGUUGCAGAAUGCGUAACACAAAGACGGAAUACGUAUCGUGUCCGUCGUGUGGAAGAACGCUCUUUGACCUUCAAGAAAUAAGCGCAGAGAUCCGAGAAAAGACUUCGCAUUUGCCCGGUGUCUCGAUCGCGAUCAUGGGGUGCAUAGUGAACGGACCGGGUGAAAUGGCUGACGCUGAUUUUGGCUACGUCGGUGGAACUCCCGGAAAAAUUGACCUCUAUGUCGGAAAGACGGUGGUGAAGCGUGGAAUCGCGAUGGCAGAGGCGACGGAUGCGCUGAUCGAUCUGAUCAAAGAGCACGGGCGAUGGGUGGAUCCCCCGACAGAGGACGAGAUAUGAUGAUCGGAAUCUUACAAGUAGCGUCGAAUAAAACGGAUCUUGUUAUAUUGUUUUCGUUAUGAACGAUCGAACUCGUCGAUUGACGCUUUCAGUAAUCGGAAUCAAAAUGUUUUAGCCGAUGAUC